UUUCCAAAAAUUUGCUUGCCACACCCUGAAAUCGAACCAGUGUGUACCAAAUUUUUUUAUUCUUAUUUUCCAGGCAGCAGAAGUGAUACAGCAGCAAAUAGAGAUAAACCCAACUGUGAAACUGUACUGCCUUCUGGGUGAUGCCACAGACGACGUUUCAUGCUACGAAAAAGCGUGGGACUUCUCCAACCACAAGAGCAGUCGGGCCCAGCGCCAUUGGGGCAACUUCCUGUUCGACCAUAAGCGCUACCGCGAGUGUAUCCCGCACUACGAGGCGUCUGUAGCCAUCAACUCUAUACAGGAGAGCGUGUGGCUACGACUCGGAUUCGCUGCGCUUCAAACAGAGCAAUGGGAGACCUCGGCAUCAGCGUACCGUCGCUACACCUACCUCCAGCCGAACAGCUUCGAGGCGUGGAACAACUUGGCCAAGGUGUACGUGAACCAGGGCGACAAGCAGCGUGCGUACAGAGCACUUAUGGAGGCGCUGAGAUUCAACUAUGAUAACUGGAAGCUGUGGGAGAACGUAGUAACAGUGAGCAUGGAUACCGGCCACUUGGAUGACGUAGUACGCGGCGUGCACCGCCUGGCCGACCUGCUGGGCAAGUUCCACGACGUUGAGGUGCUGGCGCUGUUGGUGCGCGCCGCCCUGCACGCGAGCACGGGAGCAGACGCCGAUGGACACAGCGCCACCAGGUUACGGAAACAAAUACUGGAGCUGUUCGGCAGGAUCACCUCUCUGACCCCAAACAAGCCGGAGAUAUGGCAGUUGUACUCCGACAUCAGUCCGACAUAUUUGCUGAAAGCGCAACGACUUCUGAAAGCUUAUCGCGGCUAUACGCAGAAUGGCAACUGGUCGAACAGCCCAGACACGUGCAAUAGAGUGAUAGAGCUCGCCCAGAAUCUUCUCGACUACAGUCUGAAGGCCCGACAGGAGGCCGAAGACAAAGAUAAGGCGCAGUGCGACCAGCAGUUGUCUUCAGCUCGGCUCACCGGCCAGGCCGUCAUCCGGGCCGCGGAGAAACAGGACUGGCCGCAGACCAAGGAGCCCUUGGAGGAGUUGACGAAGCUUUUCAAUGAAAUCACGGAAUAUAUGAAAUCAAUUAUGUAGUAAA